AUGCCCACAAACGGAAUUAACAGGGCCCUGAAGCUGCAGUUUGGCCUCAUUAACUAUGAGAACCGCUACCUGACCGCUGAGGCCUUUGGCUUCAAGGUGAAUGCCUCGGGCACCAGCAUGAAGAAGAAACAGAUCUGGACCUUGGAGCAGGACGAACAAGAUAGCCAAGUGGUGUUCCUCCGCAGCCACCUGGGACGCUACCUGGCCUCUGACAAAGAUGGAAAGAUCUUGUGUGGCACGGAGAAGCCUGACCCCGCCUGCCGUUUCCUUAUCGUGCCCCAGUCUGAUGGCCGAUGGGCAUUGCAAUCGGAGCCUUACCUGCGUUACUUUGGAGGCUCGGCUGAUUACCUGUCCUGCUUUGCCCAAGUCGUUGGAGAACAAGAGCUGUGGGCCGUCCACUUGGCUUUACACCCACAGGCCAGUCUGCUCAGUGUGGCACGUAAGCGCUACGCCCAUCUGUCUUCCUCAGAUGGAGAGAUCUCCGUGGACAGCAACAUUCCCUGGGGAGUGGACUCCCUAGUCACCUUGGUAUACCUGGACGGCAAGUACAGCUUGAAGACCUGUGACAGCCGUUUCCUCAGGAAUGAUGGCAAACUGGUGAAGGAGAACCACAAUAAUACCAGCUUCACCCUGGAGCUCAAAUCGGGCAAGUUGGCCUUUAAGGACUGUGAUGGGAAAUAUCUGACCCCGAUGGGUCCGACAGGGACGCUGCGCUCAGGUCGAUGCUCCAAGCCUGGAAAAGAUGAGCUGUUUGAUCUUGAGGAGAGUCAUCCACAAGUAGUUUUCCAAGCCGCCAAUAAAAGAUUUGUCUCGGUCAAGCAAGGAGUGAGUGUUUCAGCCAAUCAGGAUGUGGAGACAGACAUGGAGACCUUCCAGAUGGAGAUUGAUAAGGAGAGCAAAAAGGCCAUGUUCAGGACCAAUGGUGGAUCCUACUGGACUCUCGUGUCUCACGGAGAGAUCCAGUCCACUGCCAAAGAAGUAGAGGUCAACACAAUGUUUGACAUCGAGUGGCGAGGACAGAGGGUGGCGCUCAAAGCAAGAAACGGAAAGUAUGUGUACACAAAGAAGAACGGGCAGCUCUCAGCGGUCAGCGAUACAGUGGGUGACGAUGAAUUGUUCCUGAUGAAACUCAUCAACCGCCCCAUGCUGAUCCUCCAUGGAGAGAAUGGCUUUGUGUGUCACCACAAGAGCUCCAACACACUGGAUGCCAAUCGCUCCGUCUACGACAUAUUCUCAUUGAUCUUCAACGAUGGCGCCUACAACGUAAAAAGCGUGAGUGGAAAGUUCUGGUACGUGUCUAGCAGUGGCCUAGUGUGCUCCGAUGGAGAGAAGCCGGAGGACUUUUUCCUUGAGUUCCUGGAACACGGACGCGUCGCCAUCAUGGGCUCCAAUGGCAAGUACCUUCGUGGAGACCAGGGAGGCACACUUAUGGGUGAUGGUACAUGUGUCGAUGCAUCUUCUCUCUGGGAGUACUGA